UGCAUUCCCGGGCACGCUCCGCCGCUACCGGGGCGCCGCGAUGGAGCCGCACCGGCACCGGGAGCGGCCCCGGGCGCUGCUGCUGCUGCUGCCGCUGCUGCUCCGCGGCCCCGCGCCCGGCUCCGCGCAGGCAGUGUGCGCGGGGACGCUGAACGGGCUGAGCGUGACGGGCGACGCGCAGCACCAGUACCAGACCCUGCACAAGAUGUACAACAACUGCGAGAUCGUCAUGGGCAACCUGGAGAUCGUCCUCAUCGACCACACCCAGGACCUCUCCUUCCUGCAGACCAUUCGGGAGGUGACCGGCUACAUCCUGAUCGCCAUGAACGUGUUCGCGGCGCUGCCGCUGCAGAACCUGCGCGUGAUCCGCGGCACGCAGUUCUACGAGGAUCGCUUCGCGCUCUUCGUGCUGCUCAACUACAACCCCAACACCACGCACGCCCUGCGCCAGCUCGGCCUCAACCAGCUCACCGAGAUCCUGGCGGGGGGCGUGUACAUCGAGAAGAAUGCGCAGCUGUGCCACGUGGACACCGUGGAGUGGAGGGACAUCAUGAGGGACACGCGCCUGGAGCCGCUCGUGAGGGACAACGGCCGCGGCUGUGCGUGCGGGGACAGCGGGGCUGGGGGCUGCGGGCUCUGGUGUCCCCCUGUUUUGGGGUCCCUGACCAAGACCAUCUGUGCCCCGCAGUGCAACGGGCGCUGCUUCGGCCGCGCGCCCAACGAGUGCUGCCACGAGGAGUGCGCGGGCGGCUGCACCGGGCCCCUGCGCACCCACUGCUUCGCCUGCCGGCACUUCAACGACAGCGGCGCGUGCGUGCCGCUGUGCCCGCAGCCCCUGAUCUACAACAAGCUGACCUUCCAGCUGGAGCCCAACCCCGACACCAAGUACCAGUACGGGGGGGUCUGCGUGCGCCAGUGCCCCCACAACUUCGUGGUGGACCAGAGCUCGUGCGUGCGCGCCUGCCCCAACGACAAGAUGGAGGUGGAGAAGAACGGGCUGAAUAUCUCCGAUCCCUGCGCGGGGCUGUGCCCCAAGGCCUGCGAGGGCACCGGCGCCGGCAGCAAGUACCAGACCGUGGACUCCAGCAACAUCGACACCUUCAUCAACUGCACCAAGAUCCUGGGCAACCUCGACUUCCUCAUCACGGGCCUCGAGGGGGACCCCUGGAGGAACAUCUCGGCGCUGGACCCGGAGAAGCUGAACGUGUUCCGCACCGUGCGGGAGAUCACGGGGUACCUGAACAUCCAGUCCUGGCCCAAGCACAUGCACAACUUCAGCGUCUUCUCCAACCUCGAGACCAUCGGGGGAAGGAGCCUGUACAACCGCGGUUUCUCGCUGCUGAUCAUGAAGAACGAGAACGUGACCUCGCUGGGGCUGCGCUCGCUGCGCGAGGUGAGCGCGGGCCGCGUGUACAUCACCGAGAACCGGCGGCUCUGCUUCCUGCACACCGUGCACUGGGCCGCGCUCAGCCGCAGCCGCGCCGACCUCGACAUCCGCAACAACCGGCCCCGCAGCAAGUGCCGUGCGUGGGGCGGGCUGGGGAGGGGGCGCGGGACCCCCCGGGCACCCCCUGACCCCUGCAGGGACCCCCGGUCCGUCCCAGGUGGCAUUGUCAACACCGGGGUGGCAUUGUCACCGCCAGGGUGGCAUUGUCACCACCGGGGCGUCCCUGUCACCGCUGGAGUGGCAUUGUCACGACCGGGGCGUCCCUGUCACCGCCGGGCCGGCACGGUGACCCCCCGUGUGCCCCCCAGGGACCCCCGGGAGUUCUCGCAGGGCGGCGAAUGCACCGAGUGCCACCCGGAGUGCGAGCGCAUCGACGGCGGCGCCACCUGCAACGGCUCGGGUGCCGACACGUGCACGCGCUGCGCCCACUACCGCGACGGGCCGCACUGCGUGGAGCGAUGCCCCGAGGGCGUCCUGGGCGAGCGCGGCCCCAUCUACAAAUUCCCCGACGGCAGCCGCGAGUGCCGGCCCUGCCACGAGAACUGCACCCGGGGGUGCGUGGGGCCGCUGCUGCGGGACUGCCUGGGGGACACCCUGCCCGUGUCCAGGCGCGCCCCGACGCUGAUCGCGGUCAUGGUGGUCGGGGCCGUGUUCCUCUCGUGCUCGCUGGUGCUGCUGGCGCUGCUCUACUGGCGGGGCAAGAAGAUCCAGAAGAAACGGGCGAUGCGGCGCUACCUGGAGCGGGGCGAGAGCCUGGAGCCGCUGGACCCCAGUGAGAAAGCCAACAAGGUCCUGGCCCGGAUCUUCAAGGAGUCGGAGCUGAAGCGCCUCAAGGUCCUGGGCUCCGGCGUCUUCGGCACCGUGCACAAGGGGAUCUGGAUCCCGGACGGGGAUUCCAUCAAGAUCCCGGUGAGCAUCAAGGUGAUCCAGGGCUGGAGCGGGCAGCAAUCCUUCCACGCCGUCACCGACCACAUGCUGGCCAUCGGCAGCCUGGAGCACUCGUACAUCGUGCGGCUGCUGGGCAUCUGCCCGGGCCCGCAGCUGCAGCUGGUGACGCAGCUGCUGCCGCUGGGCUCGCUGCUCGACUACGUGCGCAAGAACCGCGGCGCCAUCAGCCCGCAGCUGCUGCUCAACUGGUGUGUGCAGGUGGCCAAGGGGAUGUACUACCUGGAGGAGCACCGCAUGGUGCACAGGAACCUGGCAGCCCGGAACGUGCUGCUCAAGUCGCCCAGCCAGGCGCAGGUGGCCGAUUUCGGCAUCGCCGACCUGCUCUACCCCGACGACAAGAAAUACUUCUACAACGAGGUUAAGACGCCCAUCAAGUGGAUGGCCCUGGAGAGCAUCCACUUCGGCAAGUACACGCACCAGAGCGACGUCUGGAGCUACGGGGUGACGCUGUGGGAGAUGAUGACGUUCGGCGCCGAGCCGUACGCCGGGAUCCGCCUGGCCGAGGUGCCGGACCUGCUGGAGAAGGGCGAGCGGCUCUCGCAGCCGCAGAUCUGCACCAUCGACGUCUACAUGGUGAUGGUGAAAUGUGAGCGCCACCGGCGUGCCACCAGGGCUGCCACCGGGCUGUCACCAGGGCUGCCACCAGUGUGCCACCACGGUGUCACCAGGGUUUGGGGUCCCGGCUCAGAUUUGGGGUCCCGGGCUGGUUUUGGGGUCCCGGCUCAGGCUUGGGGUGCCCCCCUGACCCCGCUGUGUCCCCAGCCCGGGGGGUCGCGGCCGGCGCGGCGGCCCCGCCGGGGCUCGGGGGGUCGCACGGUGUCCGAGUGCUCCGAGGGUCGCGGCACGGGCUCGGAGCUGGAGCUGGGGGGCUCGGGGGGGUCCCUGGGGGGCAGCCUGUGCCGCAGCCUGCGCUCGCGGGGGGACAGCGCCUACCUGUCCCAGCGGGAGAGCCUGGUGAUCCCACCCUGCUGGGACCCCCCGGGGGGCUCGGCGCCGGCCGCGCGCGAGGAGGAGGAGGAGGAGGAGGAGGAGGAGGAAGAGUACGAAUACAUGAACCGGCGACCCCCGGGGGUCUCCCCCCAACCCCGCCCGGCCUCCCUGGAAGAACUGGGCUACGAGUACAUGGAGGUGACCUCGGACCCCGCGGGACCCCCCACCCAAAACCCCCGGGGGGCCGCCGAGGAUGAUGAGGAUGACGACGAAGAUGAAGACUACGAAUACAUGAACAAACAGCCGCGGCUCAGCCGCUCGCUGCCCCCCGCGACCCCCGCCCGGGGGCGGCGGGAGGAGGAGGAGCAGGGCUACGAGGAGAUGGAGGCGGUGCUGCCCCCCGCCCACCCCCAAAUCGCCCCCGCGACCCCCAUGAAGCCCCUGCGGAGCCUCGAGGCCUCGGACUGCGCCUUCGACAACCCCGACUACUGGCACAGCCGCCUCUUCGCCAAGAGCGACCCCCGCAGGACUUAGGGGACCCCCCGGGACCCCCCACCCACAGCCCGGGACCCCCCCCUCGGGACCCCUCCUCAAUUUGGGGGGGCUCGCGCUGAAGAUGAAGGAUCUGCCC